CUGUCAAACUCUAGGCUAACUUCGCUAUUGUUUACGGUAUUAAAGCCAGGUUCGAUAACAAUAUUAUUUAACAAAUUGUUUGUGUACAUCAGUAAACGAUCGUUCUCGAAUUACGAGUAAGGAACCAUUCAAAAUGUUCUUUUAAGUUAUUACAUCAUAUACCAACGACAAUCAAUUAGUUAUCCGAUGACCGAAGGCCGAUGGCAUUUAUUGCAUUUCGUUUUUACAACAAUGUAAAAUUUAAUUCAAAUGAAAAGGAAUACAUAAUGAACUUACUUUGAGUGAUUUAUUUUUAAACAUAAUAUAAUUAAAAUAAUUAUAUUUAUUUAACUGUCAAAGUGACCAAAACAGUUUGAAUUAUUUAUAAAAUAUCAGUAAGGAUAUAAUGGAUAAUAUACCGAAAUCUAAGAAGAUUAUGACAAAAGAUGAAGUGGCUUUGUUAAUUGAUUUGAUCCAAAGCAACCCCGUUUUGACCAGUAAGGAAACAAACGCCACCACUAACAAAACCAAGGAGGAUACAUGGACCAGUUUGACGACUACAUUUAACACUAAGAAUGGCUACAUUCCGAGAUCCAAAGGACAAUUGAAAUUAAAAUGGGAUAACUUAAAAAAGGCAGCUCGUAAACGAUCUCAACAAAUAAGAAUAAAUAAUCUAAAGACUGAUGGUGAACCGGAUGUUAUUCCACCGGAUGAUAUUUUGGAAAAAGUGUCAAGCCUCCUAGGGUCAGCUAGUACUGGUUUCACUGUCCCAUUUGGUGGUGAUGGUAUUGCUUGUGGUAAUAUGGAGUUGGAAAGUGACAAUAAGAUGGAUAUUGUCGAUGGAUCACAUGCAUAUGAAGAUGUUUCCGACGCCAAUGACGAGAGACCUAUACUCCCAGAUGAUGUUGAAGUUUUAAUUGAAACUCCUAGCAAAGAUACACAUUCUCGGAAAAGAAAAAUACUAGCAAUUCAAGAUGAGAAUCCUUCUAAGUCAGAGACACCAAAAUUUUUCUUUAACAUGCCUAUAUCAGAACAAUUAAAAAUAAAAAAGAAAGAUAAAAAGAAGGCCGACCAUGAUGGAAGGUUAGCUCGUAACCUAGCCAUUGCACGAUAUUUUGACAAAAAAACGGAAAAAUUAGACUUAGAAAUUAAGCUUUUACGAUUAGAUUACGAAAAGAAACAAAGUAGAAAUAAUAAUGUAAAUAAUAAUGUUUAGAUG